AUCAACGCAUAGAUACACCGUAGCAGAUUCUCUCUUCACAAGUCCCUUCCCUCCCAAAUCCUUGAAUCGGAACCCUAAUAACCCUAAAACACCAAAAUCAAAAACCCCCCAACCAUGGUGUGCAUACGAAAAGCAACGGUCAACGACCUCCUCGCGAUGCAAGCUUGCAAUCUCUUCUGUCUCCCGGAGAAUUACCAGAUGAAGUAUUACCUCUACCACAUCCUCUCCUGGCCGCAGCUUCUUUACGUCGCCGAGGAUUACAACGGCCGUAUCGUCGGUUACGUCCUCGCGAAGAUGGAAGAGGAGACCAAUGAGUGUCAUGGACAUAUUACGUCUCUUGCUGUUUUGAGAACUCAUCGGAAACUUGGGAUUGCUACUAAGCUUAUGACCGCGGCGCAACACGCCAUGGAACAGGUGUUUGGUGCUGAAUACGUCUCACUGCAUGUCAGGAAGAGUAACCGCGCAGCUUUUAACUUGUACACGGAGACCUUAGGGUACAAGAUUCACGAUGUGGAGGCCAAGUAUUAUGCUGAUGGGGAGGAUGCUUAUGACAUGAGGAAGCAACUCAAGGGGAAGCAGUUGCCUCAGCACCAGCAUCAGCAUCAGCAUCAUCACCACCACCACCACCAUGGCGGUGGUUGUUGUUCUGGGGAGACCAAGGGGAAUGCAAAAGCCACCUGAUUGUGAGAGCAGUUUUCGCCCGUUUUGGUUGUGAAAUUUGACAUUGACAAGAUGGUAAUAUGUGGACGAAUAAUGCUUUGUCACUUGUUGUAAGCUUAUUUAGUUAUGUUCACUAUUUUUGUCUAUUUAAAUAUCCGAUUUUACUAUUUUAGUGAAUGAAUGCACUGGAUUAUGGUUCAUGACAUGAUGUUUUAUUGAGCAGGGUUGCAUUCAGACCUAUCUGCUUUUAUGUGUCAUGUUUUAUUUGGAUAUAUUAUGAUGAAAUUUUGAAGUUUUUAA